AUGUCUAUACAGUCAUCAUCUCCCCCACAGCAUCCUCCAGUCUACCGUCCAUCCACUUGGACUCCACCUCCUUUUUCUCAAAUCAAAAUCAACUUUAAUGCUGCAGUGAAUAAGCAUCAUGGCUUUGGAGCUAUUACAGGUAUUGCCCGCAAUAAUUUGGGUCAUCCUAUUGCUUGGUUUUGCAAAAGGAUAAUUGACAUUAUUGACCCUAUGGUUUUAGAGUCGCUUGCUUGCCAUAAAGCUGCUCUUUUGGCUAAAAACAAAUCCUUUCAUCUUGUUUUCUUAGAAGGUGAUGCUCAGUUAGUAAUCCAAGCUACUAAGGGAGGUAUUAUUCAGAGUGAUCUUCAUGGUAUCUUUAAUGAUAUUGCCCAUUUAUCUUCUGAACUCUCUGAUAUUACUUUUAAUUGUGUUCCUAGAGCUUGUAAUAGUACUGCUCAUAAUAUUGCUAAGAAAAUGCUUCAGGAUGAUUCUUUUGCCUGUAAUCCUUUAGAGCAGACUAAUUUUGUAUUUUUCUCUUUAAAUUAA